AUGGCAAUCGAGAGUCCAACCUCGAGGAAGCAUCAGGAGCAUGGCGGGCUUAUAGGCCUCUCGGCUAAUAGUUCCCAAGCUCUGACUCCUUUGACGCAAUUGUACAAUCCCCCGUCCCUGCACAAAGUGCAUGCAAGAGCAGACUGGGUCAUUGAGCAAGUUCGGCAAUGGUUGUACCCGCACCUUGAGCAACUGGGCGCUGAGAAGCUCAUCAAGGGAAUUGUCAACGAGACAGCGUCCAUGUGCACCUAUCUCUACCCAAACGCCGACGAUGAAGGAAUUUUUCUUGCCACGGGGUUCUUGACGGUUCAAUUUGUCAAUGACGACAUCUUUGAUAGUGCUGCUAUUCUCAAGGCUAUCCAGGCGACUGCGUCAGGACAGCGCUUGGCCAGAGAUCUCCAGAAGCUGCGCGACACUCCAAAGCGGCUUGCAGACGGGAUCGUAUGCGCUGCACGUAUAAUGCAGAAUCCUCUCGCAUAUGAAGAGUGCCGCGAGAUAAUAUCGGACUUGAAUACAGAUCCGUUUCUGUUGGGGGCUAUCUACGAGCUUUCCACGCGCAUGCACAUCCGUGGUCGGAAAAUUAACGAGGAGCGCUUCGAGGUCUGGCUUGGCAAGUUUUGUGCCGCCAUGAGUGACUUUGGCAAGUCUCAUGCCCUGAUCUACAGCGAAGCCAAGAACAUGACCGUAGAGGAAUACGCAGACCACAAACUGCGAAAUUCCGGAAUGAUCUAUACCGUUCUCUUCGUCGAGAUGGCAAUGGAGACGUUUUUGGAGGAUACAAAUAAUCUGCUUGCCGUGCUGGUACAUACGCAGAAUAUUAGCUUAUAUGAGGCUGCAAGACGAGUCGCGGAAAUGUCACAGAGACAUGCCCGGGAGGUCAAGCGCCAUCGGACUGAGAUUGAAGCCGAGUGCGAUGUUAAUAGCGAAGAGUAUACUGGUCUUGGAGCGUACAUGGUGGACAUGGAGUUAUUUGGCGCAGGGUGUUGGUUCUGGCAACUUCAGGGCACGAAGCGAUACUUCUCCAAGACGUCGCCAUUUGCUGAGCUGCGGCUGGAGGCAGAAGCUGAGAAGACAUACUAA